AUGUCGAACCUAGUAGACUCGAUCCUCAACUCAGAUGCCUUUGGCGCAACACCUUCCUCACCCCGGCGAACACAAAACAUCCCUUCCUCUUCGAGGCCGAGACCCCCACCAUCCGAAAGCAAUGGCAUACCUUCCGAAGCAGAUAUCUUUCCUGAUGACGAGGUAGUAGGAGCAGCGCGCGGAAGGAACAGAAACCCUCUCGAUCGAAACGUUUCGAAGGUGACAGACCGUGCGGGAGAAAGAGUCCAACAGGCAUUUGAAGAUUUUCUCGAAUCGCACAUUGAAGAACCAUCCUCCUCUGCGAUCCCUCCUUCGAGUGAGCUGAAAACAGACAAAUAUUACAUCAACCAGAUCCAUGGCUUGCGGGAGUUCCAGCUCUCCACAUUGUACGUUGAUUACAGGCAUCUCCUGUCCUACAAGGAGGGUCCGAUCCUGGCAGACGCAAUCGCAAGCCAAUAUUAUCGCUUUCUGCCAUUCUUGACAAAGGCACUACACAACCUUCUGGCCAAGUAUGAACCAGUAUAUUUCAAAGACCAUCGACAGAUGACGAGCAAUGCUUCACAGGCUGGCACUUCAAUGGCCGGCAAUGCAACUAGCGAGGCGAACAGCCAGGGCGAGAUGACUCUCAACCAGCAGACCGAUAAAUUGUUUACAUUGGCAUUCUACAACCUGCCUUUGGUGUCUCGAGUGCGACAAUUGCGAACCGAUCAAGUUGGAAAAUUACUGUCCAUCUCAGGCACUGUCACAAGAACUUCCGAAGUCCGUCCAGAGCUGGCUCUAGGCACCUUCAUCUGCGAGGCUUGCAACGAACCCGUGUUCAAUGUGGAGCAGACAUUCAGAUACACAGAGCCGAAUGUGUGCCCGAACCAGACCUGCGGCAACAAAGUUGCAUGGCGACUUGAUAUUCGAAACAGCACGUUCGUAGAUUGGCAGAGAUGUCGCAUCCAGGAGAACAGUUCAGAAAUCCCUACCGGAAGCAUGCCACGCACAAUGGACGUCAUUCUGCGAGGAGAACAAGUUGAGCGCACAAAGCCCGGCGAGAAAUGCAUUUUCACAGGCACCUUGAUUGUUGUACCAGACGUCUCCCAGCUCGGUAUCCCUGGUGUCCGGCCAGAAGCCUCGAAGGACAACAGAAACUUUCGAGGGGCUGAUGCCGGUGGUGCGGGUGUUAGUGGCCUGAAGGCUUUGGGUGUGCGAGACCUCACAUACCGCAUGGCGUUCUUAGCCUGCUUCUCCUGUCCUGACACCACAACCCCUGGUCAAACAGCGAACCAGCUGAACGGCCAAUCUACCAACAUCCUCAACUCCCUCCACCAGACCGACCUUUUUGAUCAAUACGACAGCGGCGAGCGUGCCCAGGAAGCCUAUCUCGAGACACUCACCCACGAAGAAAUCGAAGACCUAAAAUACAUGGUUCAUUCCGACAAAAUCUACAGCAGACUUGUCCAGAGCAUUGCCCCUAUGGUCUACGGCCACGAGAUUGUCAAGAAGGGUUUGUUGCUUCAGUUGCUAGGCGGUGUUUCCAAAAUGACGCCUGAAGGCAUGCCUCUCCGAGGAGACAUCAACAUCUGCAUUGUGGGCGACCCGUCAACCUCGAAAUCUCAGUUCCUCAAAUACAUCUCCUCCUUUCAACCUCGUGCAGUGUAUACCUCGGGCAAAGCAUCAAGUGCUGCCGGUCUGACAGCCGCUGUUGUCAAGGACGAAGAAACGGGCGAACACACCAUCGAAGCCGGUGCUCUAAUGCUUUCAGAUUCCGGUACCUGCUGUAUUGAUGAGUUCGACAAGAUGGACAUAUCAGACCAGGUCGCGAUCCACGAAGCCAUGGAACAACAGACGAUCAGUAUCGCCAAAGCAGGUAUCCACGCCACGCUCAAUGCGCGCACAAGUAUCCUCGCCGCAGCGAAUCCGAUCGGCGGACGGUAUAAUCGCAAAACAACCCUGAGAGCCAACAUCAACAUGUCUGCUCCAAUCAUGUCGCGAUUCGAUCUAUUCUUCGUCGUGCUCGACGAGUGCAAUGAGAACAUUGACCGCCAUCUCGCAGAGCACAUUGUCAAUCUGCACAUGCUCAAGGACGACUUCGUGCAGCCAGAAUUCUCAACAGAGCAGCUCCAGCGCUAUAUUCGCUUCGCGAGGACGUUCAAACCCAAAUUCACGCCAGAAGCCAUGAGUUUGCUUGUGGUGAAGUACAAAGAGCUCCGCGCCAACGACUCGGGCGGUCUCGGACGAAACAGUUACCGCAUCACGGUGCGUCAGCUCGAAUCGCUGAUCAGAUUGUCCGAGGCGAUUGCAAAGGCGAAUUGUGUCGAGGAUAUCACCGUGCCCAUGGUUCUGGAGGCAUUUGACCUCCUCAGGCAGUCCAUCAUCACGGUCGAGAAGGACGACGUUGAUGUCGAAGACGAAGAGGAGCAAGAUGCCACUCACGAUGGGGAGGGAGACAGCCCCAUGGCCGACGGGGACGAUCACGGCGACGCCCACGACGAAGACGAACGAACACACGGCACUCCCGCACCAACCAAGGCGACGACAAAGAUCACGUUCGAGAAAUACCACACCAUUCAGAACAUGCUCGCGUCUCAUAUCCGCGACGAGGAGGACCAAAACGGCGAGGGUCCCGAGCACGAGGAGUUGCUCGUAUGGUACCUCGAACAAAUCGAAGAGAGUAUUUCGAACGAGGAUGAGUUGAACGCCGAACGCUCACUUGCGAAGAAGGUGCUGAAGAGGAUGAUCAAGGACAAUGUGAUCAUCCCCAUACGCGGCGAAGGUCUCGUCGACGGUGAUCAGCAGGAUGCUGCUGCGUCGACCUCGAGAGUCACAUAUGCCCUCCACCCUAAUUGUGGCAUCUUUGAUGACGAGUAG